AUGUCUGAAAUACUCCAUGUACCAAAGGUAGAACUUCACGUUCAUUUAGACGGAUGCGCAAGAUACGAGACACUCUACGAAUUAGCCACAAAGAAGAAUCUGUAUAUUCCUGGUUCUGGAACAUUUGAAGACCUAAAGAAAAAUUGUAUUAUCAGGGAGCCCGAAAGUUUAGCAGCUUUUCUGAAGCCUUAUAAAUUUUACAAUCCAUACUAUGCUGGUGAUCUCGAAGCAAUUGAAAGACUGGCUUACGAGUUCUGUGAGGACUCGAAGCGAUGUAACGUAAUCUAUUCUGAAGUACGCUAUAGCCCUCAUAAAUUAGUGGGGUUCGCCUCUUGUGACAAAUACGGACUACAAGGUCUCCUAGAUGUAACGUCGCAAGUGGUCAAAGGUUUGAAAAGGGGAGAGAGAGACUUCGGCGUCAAGUGCAAAUCCAUCCUCAGCGGUUGCAGUUGGCUCCCACAUUCCAUUCCUGACAUUCUCAAAGUUUGCGAGAACUUCACCAACGAUGUUGUCGGCAUCGACCUCCUCUCACUUGCGCAAGGCAACGAAGAAGCACCAAAUAAUCCAGAUCUGAUCUCUUUCUUUGCCGAGGCCAAAAGAAGAGGGUAUGGGACAACAAUACACGCCGGUGAAGUCAGUGGUCCAGCCGGAAUAAAAAGGGCAGUGGAGUUAUAUCAAAGCCAUAGGGUAGGUCACGGAUACCAUGUUGUACAGGACGAAAAGUUCUAUAAGGAGUGUUUGCGAAACCGGGUCCACUUUGAGUGUUGUCCUUGGUCCAGCUUCCUCACAGCGGCAGUUCCUUUCGAAACCAAGAGACACCCAAUCAAACAACUUGCGGACGACGGCGCAAAUUUCUCGAUAAAUUCCGAUGACACAACUUUGACAGGAUACCCGCUGGAUAGCGACUACUCGCUCGUUUCGUCGUGGGGUGUCACGGAGAAGCAACUCGAACAAACCAAUUUGAACGCGGCUAGAUCCUGUUUCUUGCCAGAGGACGAGAAGAAAGAUCUGAUCAAACGGUUGAUGGAGGCCUACGGAUAGAUGAAAUUCGAGACUUUUAUAAAGUGGGCGGCGCGGCGUUUACCAAAAGGAACUAAUUAUUUUGACUCGGUUUAAAAACAACAGAGCCACCAUCGAUUCCCCCAUUUAGAUUAGCAUUUUUAUGAAUGUGUCGAUGCAAUUGGUCCUUUUAGAUAAACGCUGCUCAUCUAAAGAACAGGAGGUAGAAGAGGCGUAGGUGGUCGGUCUCGCUACGCUUCACACAGAGGCGGAUCCAGUAAUUUGGCAACACCGGAUUUCCUCUAUUUAAACCUAUGCUAAAUAAUCGACUCUUGUCGGAGCGCUUGGUCCCCCUAAGAAUCGAUACAUUUCCACAGGUUUAAAUGGAGGAAAUCCGGUGUUGCCAAAUUGCUGGAUCCGCCAAUGGCUUCACAAAGAAUGUUUAGAGGAAUAUUGUCACUCCCGAAUCCGUAUUUAAGUUACACGCUUUCUGCACGAAAGAACGACAACACGGAACGAUUGGGCGUCACUGAGCAAAGAGGUAAAAUCUCCUCAUCGGGAGUUUUGCAAAAGCGCGUAUCUCAGGUAAUGCAUAUUGACGGUGAAACUCCCAAGCCAAGUAUCUCGUUUGCUGUGUUUAAAAACCUUAGCUCCUAUUUUGUCUUUUUAAAGGAGAAAACAUAAAUCGCAGCAUCGUUACUUGAAGUUUUUUCUGCAGAAUUUGCUUCGCACAGAAAUAGACCAAGGAAGUUUUCGAGAGUUAACGUUUGGUAAGUAUCAAUUUAAAAGAUUGAGUAUAUGACAGGAAGUCUGCAACGUCGAAAAUGCGUGGUUCGGAAGUUUCACCCUCAGUACGUCGCAAGAAAUUAUCAACAGGAGGUAGUUCGUGAGCCGUUUGCGAGCUGUUUCGGUAAAUCGCAAUUAUUAAUAUUACAGGAUGAUGAAGAUUUCAUUGGUAAAACUUCUAAACCGUGAUCUCAGCCUGGUGUACCUUCAUUUUCCGGUGAUACCCCAGGCUUUGCCACGCGGUUAGUUGAGUCUCGACCUAACCAACCAACCAGGAUCCAAUUAAGAUUUUUCAUAAUUGCACUAUGUGAUUACGCGAUUGAGCCAACUGCCACCGAUAUAUUCAAGGAGAAAAAAACGCUACUUAAAUCUAAAGCAAAAUAGAUAAUGGUAUUUUGAUUUUUUUGUUUUAUGUUUUUCAAUUUAUUACUGGUUUUUUUUACAAAUUGCUGACUCUUGCUAAUUGUUUGCGACACACGCGGUGUAAAAAUUCAAUGUUUUUCGCAUAUAUUGAGGUAAUCAACGCUUUCGCUCGAUGACGCCCAGUUGCACAGCUUGAUGAGCAAUGAACGUAUUUAUGCUAAAAGGUACUAUUUUACAAGCAAUCCCUAUGCACAUAGUUCCUUUUAUCUUAAAUGUGUCCCAAUAAUUCAUGUCAAUACACUUGCCUUUUGCGUUUUUGAUUUUUGUUAUAGUAAAAUAUUGUUUCCUUGUUGUUUUUUUUUUCUUAAUUAAAAAAUUACAUUUAAA